UUUAAUGGAGGAAAAAGUGUGGAAAAGGCCAAGGAUCCGAACUGGCGUAUUUCCUAGUCUUCGCGUCCCUUUCCGCCCUCUGGCUGGCGGUUCUGUUAGGGUGUAUUUCCCUUAUUUCAACUCUGCAACAGCCUCUUUAAACUGUUUAAAUGAGAAUGUCCUUGGCCCAGAGAGUACUACUCACCUGGCUUUUCACAUUACUCUUCUUGAUCAUGUUGGUGUUGAAACUGGAUGAGAAAGCACCUUGGAACUGGUUCCUCAUAUUUAUUCCAGUCUGGAUAUUUGACACUAUCCUUCUUGUCAUGCUGAUUGUGAAAAUGGCUGGGCGGUGUAAGUCUGGUUUUGACCCUCGACAUGGAUCACACAAUAUUAAAAAAAAGGCCUGGUACCUCAUUGCAAUGUUACUCAAAUUAGCCUUCUGCCUUGCACUCUGUGCUAAACUGGAACAGUUUGCUACCAUGAAUCUAUCCUAUGUCUUCAUUCCUUUGUGGGCCUUACUGGCUGGGGCUUUGACAGAACUUGGAUAUAAUGUAUUUUUUGUGAGAGACUGACUUCUAAAUACAUCAUAUCAUAUUUAUUGGCACUCAACAACAAAUGUUCUGAAUCUUUACAAGCUUCAAGAAUACCAGAGGACUGAGGGGGUGAGGAAAUUACCAAAUGUAGUUUUAUACUGCUUCCAUAAAAUAGGCGUGGCUUAUAAACCAUGGACUUAUCAUUCACCAGAACUGAAUUAUUACACUUAGUUAUUCCAUAUUUGAGUAUUUGCUCUUAACUCUCUACAUGUAAAUAAAGUUUGCUUUGAAC